AUGACCCUGGCGGCGGUGCCGGCGCCGGCGGCGGCGGAAACGGCCGCGGUGGCGAUGGCUUCAGCGGGGCCGGCGGCGGCAGGCGAGGCCCUGUGCCCCCGGGCAGCCCCGCCGGCCAAGGUCCACUACAAGUCGCUCUUCGUGCUGCACGUCCAGCUGUAUUUUUGGAAGUUAAUCCGUCUGAUUGGCGAUUGCGUGCGCGAUGUGCACCAGCCCUUCCUUCGGCUUUUCCACAGCUCCGAUGUGGAUGCCAGCGUCGAGUGCGAUAUCUUCUUGCGCUUCAAGGAUCGCGACCUGGAGCGGAGCUACUACAAGUUCUUUCGGGCCCAUGACCGAAGCACCCUGGUCAACAUCCUCCUGAUGAGCAUGGCCGCAAGCAUCCUGCAAGCCCUGCUCUUUUUCAUCUUCGACGAUUGCAAGCCGUUCAGCGUUUCGCGGGAAUGCUUCUCCGGCAUUGUCGCCGUGGUGUAUGCCAGCAUAGGCCUCAUCCACUUCCUGUCGGUCAUUGUCAUCACGGAAUUCCCGCUCUGGGCGGAGCGCAAUCUCGAGUGGAUCAAACUCUUCUUCUUCACCAUCCUGGCCAUCACGGUUUUCAUCUUCACCUCGGCGAUCUUCAUUUCGACCGUGCCCUUCUACUCGAAUGCCGUCAUCAGUCAGCGCAUCCUGCUCUUCUUGACCAUCAUUGUGGCCACAUCCCGCCUGGAAAUCAUCUACGGCCUGUCGCUGUCGGUGGUCAUCAUCGCCAUCCAUUGGGCCGUGUCCCUGGUGGCCUACUGCAUCAACUGGAACAGCAUUCGGGACAACCUGCGCUCCCGGCACAAUGUCACCAGCCUCCUGCUGUAUGGGGCAUCGCUAUUGAUCAAUACCCUGAUUGCGAUGCGCCGAGAGUACGAGUCGCGCAUCUUCUUCCUCCAGACGCGCGCCCUCUUCCGGAGCCGGCUCAUCAUGCAGGAUGCCCAGCGGGUGUCCAGUCUGAUCAUCCGCUCGGUCAUGCCCAUCAGCGUGGUGCAAAAGAUGAAGCAGGAUCUGCGCCUGCGGUCCAAGUCCUUCGACCACAUCACCCCGCAGCGGCCGCAGAAUCUCAAGAAUGUCACCCUGCUGUUUGGGGACAUCGCCGGUUUCACAUCCUUCAGUUCGUGCAUCUCGGCCGAGGAGCUGGUCAUGACCCUGAAUGCGGUGUUCCUCUGCUUCGACACCCUGGCCCAUGCCUACCGCGUGGAGAAGCUCAAGACCCUCGGCGACUGCUAUGUAGCCUGCUCCGGGGCCCCGAGCCCCGAUCCCGAUCACGCCGUGCGGAUUUGCCUCUUGAGCUUGGCCAUGCGCGACUCGGUGCAGGAGUUCGGCCAAGCCAACUUCAUGCGCAACCCGGAUGGGUCUCUCUCGGCCCGGGCGCGAGACAGCCCGGCGGCCGAGGGCCGGUGCCCGGUGUGCCAUCGCCGGUCUCAAUCCACAGCCCGACGGACCGCCUGUGAAUUGGGGACCGCCUCGCAGGACUCGGCCGGCAGUGCAUCCCCCCCGGCGCUGGGAACCGGCGCGCCAGGGGCCCUGCCCAGCGAGACCUCCAGCUGCCGGCGGUGUGCCAUGUUCACCAAUGCCAAGCCGCUUCGCAUACGCAUCGGCAUCCACACCGGCACCAUGGCCGCCGGGGUGAUUGGCUCGCGCAACAUGCGCUACGAUCUCUUCUCCAAGGACGUGGAAAUCGCCGCGGCCGUCGAGCAGAGCGGCUCCCUCGACAAGCCGCACAUUUCCAUGACCACCUUCCUGGCCCUCGGCUGCCAGGUGGAGGAUUUCCUCAUCGAGCCGGCGUCCAUCCCUCCGCUGCUGAUCGACAAGAACGGCACCACCCUCAACACCAUGUCCUUGUUGGACCUUCGCGACACCGGGCCGCGCCAUCCGGCCACCGGGCAAGCGCAGUUCCCCCUUUCGCGAGUCAUCCAGGCCAUCAUCGCCGAUGCUCGCGCCCAGGUGGCCCUGGGUGACAUCAUGUCUCUGGCCUCUUCGGCCUUUGCGUCGGCCAACCUCGCAGGCCAGCAAGCCGCUCGGGUGUCCGAGCGUGUUCCCGUGGCCCCGGGGCCCAUUCACUGGGUCGUGCGCAAGAUCCGCACCCGAGUGCAGGAACGCCGUGCGCAAUCCUCUCCCCGGGUGGUGGGCGAGCCCCCUCGGGCCCCGGGGGCCCCUCCGCGCAUCGACCACCGCCCGGCCGGCGGCGGCGCUGCCCAUGCAACGGCCAUGGAUCCUGACACUGGCGGCCCGGCGGAAAAGCCCCCCCACAGGCGUCUGUCCCUGCGGCGCGCACCAUCGCACGACCACACGCACCUGGAUGACUAUUAUUCCUCCUCCGGCUCCGAGGGGUCCAUCUCAUCGGGCUUCAGCGUCGGCAUGACCAGCUCCUCCCUGACCCUGGACAUGGAGGAGGCCGAGAGGGCGGACGUUCCCAGUGGCACCAGCGGCACCAGCGAGGGGACUUCCACCGCCUUUGCCUCGCGCAUGGACAGCAGCAUGAUGAAAAUCAACAAGGGGAACUUCCCCCUCCGCGAACUGGCCCAGUCCCUGCCCCUGCAGGGUGGCUCGGCGUCGCUGGAGCAGGACCCCUUGACCCAUGGCUAUCAGCCCAUUCAGAGUGAGCAAAGUCUGGCCAUGCCCCCUCCCUCGUCUCCCAGCACCGAAGCCCAAUCCGCCCGGCUGGGCCCCCCGCAGCCCGGGGACAUUCCCGAUGGCGAAUGCGCUCGGAUGGUGGCCAAAUUCACGGCCAUGCACUUUGCCUUGCGCCAUUCGCUCCAGCUCCAGCAGUAUCACGAUCGGGCCAGCUCGCAGCACACCCUGCCUCAGCGCCCGGCGAACUCCCAGGACCUCGUCCACCGGGCGAGCCAAAACAAUUGGAUCACCUCCGGCUAUUCCCUGGGCGACCUCGUGGCCCAGGGCAGCUCCAAUCUGCUAAGCAGCUCGGCCACUCGGGAGUUGACCGGCCCCGGUGCUGCCGCCGGUGCCGCCGGGACCAGCAUCAAUCUCACCGGCCUCUCGGGAUUCAGCGGCGGCCAGGUGUCCCCGGCCAAGGGGGACUUCAUCUUCGGAAGCCAGGGGCCGCGUCUGGAGCGGACUUUCAGCAUGCCUGUCGCUGCGCGGGACCAGUGUUCCAAAGUGUCCUAUCACCAAUAUUGCCCACCGGAGGGGUGUAUCCUCGGAGGAAGGACCUGCUCGCCCACGAAGAUGGUGCCCGGAGGUCUGGCAUCGCUGGCAACCGGGGGCCCGGUCCUGGCCACGGCCAUCUUGCCCCCGGCCGACCGGCCCCACUCCCCACCGAGGCCGCCCUCCCCUCCGACCGUACGUGUCACCCCCGGGGUGGGGUCGGCUGAUGCUUCGGAGCAUUGGCUGCGCAUCAUCCGCCAGAUCUUUCGCUCGGCCCCGCCCAAGCCGGUCCCCAUGCUCCCGGUCCAGGUGGCCACAUCGCACCAGCCCGGCCCGACAUUCCCCCUGCCGUCACACAUCAAUCCCCCGAAGACCGUCGGGUCCAUGCUCAACAGCAACCCCAAGCUGAAGACCUCACUCGACAUCAACAGCAGCCUCAUCAUGCGGCAGCUGAGCAACCGGCUGAAUAUCAUCGGGCUCUUCCGGUCGAAGAAGUACGAGCGGGCCUUCCGCUCCGAGCGCAUGGUCAAGACCGACGUCGACCACGCUCGGACCAUCGUCGAGUCGAUGAUCAUCACCCUGAUUGUCUUUAUUGCCACCAUUCUCAUCGAGAAUGCCCCAGUCUGGGUGCUGGUCAUCCAUGCGGUCUCCCUCGGGCUAAUCCCCGUCUGGGGCUUCGUGAUCUCCCUUCGGAAGCGAUUUCAAAUCAUCUGGUUUGAUGACCACAUCUACGCCCUGGUGACCUGUGUCCUGAUGAAUAUGGCCUCCAUUUUGGACUUCGCCAUGUACCACGGUGGCUGGGGGCGCCAUCAUGACCACCCCUUCCCAUCCAACUACAUCGGGGCCAACAUCUUUAUCCUUCUCCAGGGAUUCACUCUGUACUCCUACUCCUAUGGCCUGCUGAUGUCCAUUGCCGCCACCAUAGUCGUGUUCAUUCGCUUCAUCCUGAUCAUCGUCUAUUAUAUUGCGGUUUUCAAGUUGAAGCACCCGGCCCCGGCCAUCCUGCACCAGUGCCUCUUGUCGACUUUGGCACUCUUCCUCGUGUGGGUCUUGAACUUGGAGCGGGACCGCCGGAUUCGAAAGCAGUGGUGGAUCCGGAAAAGCGUCCGCCGGAAGAUCGAAGAGGUGGAGGCCGUCCGCGACCAGUCUGAAACCCUCCUUCGGGCCCUCCUGCCGGAUGUGGUCCUUACACGCUUGCGCGAGAAUCCCUCCCUCCAGAGCAUCGCCGAUUCCUUUGACAGCGUAACGGUCAUGUUUUUCAACAUCCCCAACCAUCGACUGACCACCCGAGCAGACUUCUCGGAGAUCGACGUUCCCAUCAGCACGUGGCUGGACAUGGUCAGCGAGCUGGCCACCCUCUUCGACGAGGUGAUGCUUCGGUAUGGCGUGCUGAAGAUCAAGUCCGGGGGGGCCAUCUGGCUGGCCAUCACCGGUGGGCCGGAGGAAUUCCACCUCCCCCGGUCCUUCCCCCCGCUGCCGAUGCACAUCUACUCCAGCGGGUCGUCACUCGGGACGGUUGGCCGGGAUGUCCAGAAGAUGGUGGCCCAGCAAUUUUGCUCCUUCUCUUGUGCCACUUUCGGCUCGCCGCCGGCCUUCCCAUUGGCCGCCCACCGGGCCCGGCCGGCCAAGGCGCCGUCACCAGCCCCGGGGCCAGGCCACACACAUGCCGCCGAGGGGUCCAUCGACCUGGAGGCCGGCGGCCUGGGGGGGGGGCUGGCCAUCGGCGACCUCACCCCCGAGCCCAAGGCCCCCGCCAAGGCCGAUGAGUGGGUCAUCCUGACCAGCGCCGACAUGCUGGACGAUCCCCGGGUCGACUCGUCCGAGGAGGAUCUCCUCCUGCAGCGCCUGCAAGAUCGCCUGUAUGCUUCGGCCACCAUGGCAGGGCGGCCUCCGGUCGAUUUGCUGGCCGCCGAUCAGGUCCCCCUUGUGGGGGCCUCCUUGACGACCGACCACCCAUGGGCCGAGGGUAGUGGGAGCAGUCUCUUCGGCGAUGAGGGUGAACCAGCCGGCCCGGGUGGGGGCGGCCCGCUGGAGCAGCAACCGCGCUUGAGGGCCAUGCCCGAGUCCUUCCGCGCUGGCCCUGGUGCCAGCGCGCCGCUGGCCUUCCCCCCGCCGACCUCGGCGCCAGAGAGCUCGGACAGGUGCGGAGAAAAGAAGCGCACCCGCCCUCCCCCCCUCCCCCCCAUGCUGCUGCGGUUGGCGUCAGGGCAGAAGGGCUAG